AUGUUGUUGGUGAAGGAUGUAAAGAUGAGGCAGAAAACUGAAGAGCGAGGAUGGACGGACGGAUGGAUGGAUGAUGUAACUGGAACUUCUAUUCUGGAUCCAUUGGAGUUAUGGUUUCUGUUCAUGGGUUUUCCAACUUCACAGCUUACUGGAGUUUUUGGUAGAGAUCAGGUGGAAGACCAGGCACCGGUGACUGGAGGUUGGAAGAGGAGGCUUGAUGGACCAUUGGUGGCAACCAGUGGGGGGUUUGCCGAGAAGAGAGGGCUUGCCCUUGGCCCGUGGUUCGCGACCCGGUGGAUACCCAAUGAUCCGCCAGCAAUGAUCUCGAGUAUGGCCAUUGCGACCGCAUUCUGUGCAUUUGAUCGACGAUUUUUGAAGACCACCGGAGUGAGCGGCAAAGACAGGAUUUUGCAGUGUAUAUUUGCAGCUGGAUCCAUUGGAGUUAUGGUUUCUGUUCAUGGGUUUUCCAACUUCACAGCUUUCUGCUGUCUGAUCGCAUCAAUGGGGCUUCAAUUAUUAUGGAGCUUCGGACUUGCAUGUCUAGAUGCCUAUGCUUCGUGGAUAAAGAAAGACCUCUGUAAUCCAGUCUCGGCGAGCCUGUUUGUUGUGGGUGAUUGGGUAACAGCUACCUUAUCACUAGCAGCCGCAUGCUCUUCAGCAGGGGUCGCAGUUUUGUACAGGAGAGACUUGAAAUUUUGUAGAGGUCCACUUCCAUUUAAAUUAUUCAAGGUGUCGAGUUUCUCGACUCUAAUGGAGGUUGAUUGA